AUGACAAGACUAUGCGAGAUUGACUCGAGGACUGGCCCGAGAGACACCAAAGGCUCCGAUGGCGUUGGAAUUCACAAGUCGCUCGAGGAUAAUGUGCUUGAGGACGAAGCCGGAGGCCUUCGUACCACGGAACUACAUAUAAUGCCUCGGGUAGUACAGAGAGGAAGGAAUGUCACUAUGGCAUGUCUGUAUCAGGUUCAUCAAAGUGAAAUAUACUCGGUUAAAUGGUACAGGGGCACACAGGAGUUUUAUAGAUAUUCGCCUUUAGAAUCGCCAACAACUCGAGUUACGCCUGUAAAUGGUAUUAAGGUUGAUAGACUUAAUUCUAAUGAAACGCACGUCGUACUGAUGCGUGUAACACCGAAUCUCAGCGGUAAUUAUAGUUGCGAAGUAAUUCAGAACGCUCACACCUUCCCCCAUUUCACCGCCAGCGCUAGGCUCGACGUUGUCGUUCUACCAGCAACUUCACCAUCGAUCCUAACGAGCCAGCAUUACUAUAUGCCGGGGGAUGUUCUGCGAGGCAACUGUUCCUCAGGACCGAGUCGCCCGCCUUCCGAGCUUACCUUCUACAUCAAUGACUUACCGGUUACACCAGGGAUGCAUCAAGUUCAGCCAGCCCCGGAUGGGCUCUUCUGGUCAGAACUAUAUGUUCAAGUCCAGUUGUGGCCAGCCCACUAUGAGAGGGGAGCACCAAUACUUCGCUGCGAAGCAAAAGUUUCCGACCUGUAUAGAGACAACUCGGCAGUUGCGCUAUAUUCUGCCAACAGUGACCCGAAAAUUGAAAGAGUGACGUCACCCGGUUCCGGAGCCAAACUUCGCGCUUGCCAAUUCCUCCUACUACUCCACAUUAUUGUGUGGGCUAACAAUACAUAG